AAGAUGUUCUACUUGACAUUUUUCUUCUUGGUCCUGAGGCUUUCAUUUUUAUUUUGCAGUUUGAUAGGCCCCCGGUGCUUUCUGAGACAAAGCGAUCUAGAUAUAUUGGGUCAAGAUAAAGAUACUGAUUGUUUGUUUUCUAUAUAUACAAAGCAUGGUCACAUUAAGAAUGGUUAUUUCACCAGGAAUCCGGAUAAGAAGUUGACAACUAAGAAUAUUCACUUGAUUUUGUCUCUUUAUUUUGCUCUUGAAAAUAUCAACAAGGACCCUCAUAUUCUUUCUAACAUUUCUCUGCUAGUUAAAGUUGAAUGUAAUGUACUAGAUGAUUGGAGAAUGAAUAGUUUAUCCUCAAAAAUAGGUGAAUUUCUUCCUAACUACUACUGUAAAAAUCAGAGGAGAUACUUAAUUGUACUUACAGGUCCAAUAUGGUUAUCAUCUGCUAUGCUUGGACCACUCCUGUACAUCACCAAUAGACCAGAGAUUUACUAUGGGCCAUAUCAUCCUCUCCUGAGCAGCCAUGAACAGUUCCCACAUCUCUAUCAGAUGGCUCCUAAGGACACCUCUCUUGCAUUGGCCAUGGUCAAUUUGGUGGUACAUUUCAGAUGGAACUGGGUUGGUGCAAUCAUAUCAGAUGAUGACCUGGGACUUCAAUUUCUCUCAGAAUUGAGAAAGGAGAUGGAAAGAAAUAGUGCCUGCUUGGCCUUUGUGCAUAUUAUUGUGGAAAAUAAAAUAUUAUUCCAGAAAAAUGUAAAUAACUAUUAUAAUGAGAUUACAACAUCAUCAGCUAAAGUUGUUAUAAUUUAUGGAGACAAAGACUCUCAUCUGCAGCUCAACCUUAAACUCUACAGAUUAGUAAAUGUUCACAGGAUCUGGGUCACUACCUCACAGUGGGACUUGAUCACACAUAAGAGUCGAUUACUUCUUAAUUCUUUCUAUGGGACCUUUACUUUUUCAUUUCACUUUUCUGAAUUACCUGGCUUUACAACAUUUAUCCACAAAACAGAUCCUUCCAAGUAUAAAAGUAGAGUUUCACUUGCUAGCUUAUGGUGGAUUUAUUUUAAUUGUUCUCUGAAUUCAUUUAAUUCUAUGAAUCUUAAGAAUUGCUCAAGAGAAAAACGGUAUAAUUGGUUAUUCAAGCACCAUUUAGAAAUGUCUGUGGGUGGUACAGGUUAUGUCCUAUACAAUACUGUGCAUGCUGUGGCCUAUGCACUCCAUGAGAUGCUGCUACAAGAAGUAGAUACAUGGCCAAAGUGUUCUGGGGAAGGAUUGGAAUUUGACUCUUGGAAGAUGGUUCACUACCUAAAGAACAUACAAUUUACAAAUCCUGUUGGAGACCAAGUAAACAUGAAUCAGAAAGAAAAUCAGGAUAUGAAAUAUGACAUUUACUACAAUAUGGAUUUUUUGCCAAGUCAUGAACUUAAGGUGAAAAUAGGAAAAUUUACCAAACAUUUGCUGCAUGGUCAACAACUGUACGUGUCUAAAGAAAUGAUUAAAUGGAACAUAGACCUUAGCCAGAUUCCACCCUCAAUAUGUAGCAUGCCUUGCUGUCCAGGAUUCAGAAAAUCCCCUCAGCAGGGAAAGGCUGUCUGCUGUUUUGAUUGUAUACCUUGCCCAGAGAAUGAAAUUUCCAAUAUGACAGACAUGGACCACUGUCUGAAGUGCCCUGAUGAUCAGUAUGCAAAUCCUGCAAGAAAUCACUGUUUCAAAAAAGUUACAACAUUCCUGGGUUAUGAAGACCUCUUGGGAAUGUCUCUAGCCUGCUUGGCUCUGUGCUUCUCUGUUCUCACAACUAUAGUACUAGCUAUCUUUUUAAAGCACAAGGAUACUCCCACAGUCAAGGCCAAUAACCGGGUUCUCAGUUAUGUUCUACUUAUUUCCCUCAUCUUUUGCUUUCUCUGUUCCUUGCUCUUCAUUGGCCAACCCAAUAUGACCACAUGCCUCAUGCAACAGACCAUAUUUGCAGUAGUGUUCACUGUGGCUGCUUCUACUGUCUUGGCCAAGACAAUUAUAGUAGUACUGGCCUUCAAGGUUACUACUCCAGAUAGAAGGAUGAGGAGGCUGCUGGUGUCAGGAGCACCUAACUUCAUCAUUCCAAUUUGCACCAUGAUUCAACUGAUACUAUGUGGAAUCUGGCUGGGAACUUCUCCUCCAUUUGUUGAUGUUGACAUACAUGUUGAAAAAAACCACAUUUUGAUUUUCUGUAACAAAGGUUCAAUUAUUGCCUUUUAUUUUGUUCUGGGAUACUUGGGGCUUAUUGCCAUGGGAAGUUUCACUGUGGCUUUCAUGGCCAGGAAUCUGCCUGACACAUUUAAUGAAGCCAAGUACCUGACAUUCAGCAUGUUGGUGUUCUGUUGUGUCUGGAUUACCUUCCUCCCUGUCUAUCAUAGCACCAAGGGCAAAGCUAUGGUGGCUGUGGAGGUAUUCUGUAUCUUAGCCUCCAGUGCAGGUCUGCUUCUUUGCAUCUUUGUUCCAAAGUGUUUCAUUAUUUUGUUAAGACCUAAGAGAAAUUAUUUUCACAACUUCAGGAAUAUGCAGUUUAAAAUGGAAAAUGCUCAUUAG